AUGUCCAGCCACGAGGAUGACGAGCACGAGCACGAGCACGAACAUGGCGACGAUGUCGAGGAGCAGGAAAUACAUGUCGAUGUCGAUUCCGAUUCACGAAUGUCAUGUGGCAGCGGCUCCGAUGUGGAUAUGGAUGGUGGCAGUUGCUACGACGAAUCCGAAACGCCACUCAGCGAAUCGCUGCAAUCGGAGCAGACGCGCUCCUCGUCCAGCGAGAAUCUGCCCUUCAGCAUAUCCCGUCUGCUAUCGAAACCCUUCGAGACGAACAACAACAACAACAACAAUAACAACAUCAGUCACAGCAACAAUCCGAGCAACAACAACAACAACAGCGCUGACCGAAAUAUUGAUGACAAGGAGCUGCAAGCGGAUGAUCAUGAGCUGGCUGCCUACAAACUGGCCACCAGCAUUGCCAACUCCACAUACGGCAGCGCCGCCGCUCUCUACACAUAUCCGCAUCUCUAUCCGUCGGCAGCCGCCGCCGCCGCUGGCCAUGUGCUGCGUGUUCCGCCGCAACGCACGCCGUUAACUUGGGCGCUGCCGCCACUGCAUCAUGCGGCGUUGGCCCAUCAGGCGGUUAAGGAUCGACUGGCAGCUGCAUUUCCCAUUGCCCGUCGCAUUGGACAUCCCUACCAGAAUCGUACGCCGCCCAAGCGAAAAAAGCCGCGCACAUCCUUCACUCGCAUCCAGGUGGCCGAGUUGGAGAAACGCUUUCACAAACAAAAGUAUCUCGCAUCCGCGGAGCGGGCGGCACUCGCAAGAGGACUCAAGAUGACCGAUGCCCAGGUGAAGACGUGGUUCCAAAAUAGACGCACCAAAUGGAGACGUCAGACGGCCGAGGAGCGGGAAGCGGAGCGUCAAGCGGCCAAUCGCUUAAUGCUCUCCCUACAGGCGGAGGCCAUUAGCAAAGGAUUUGCACCGCCGUCGGCUCCGCUCAGCUCUCAAUCCGGCGUAAACGGAGCUCCGUUGGCGGCGUUGCACGGACUGCAGCCCUGGGCGGAGGCGUCGCAUGCAGCGGGCUGCUAAUCGUCUACAAACUUAGUAUCUGUCGUCUAGUGUAUAAGAUUUAUUUGUGAUAAAGUUUGCUUUGUAAAUAAAGUUAAAGUAAUGCAGUAAAGUGGACAGUGCAAAAGAACCCGAUAUAGAAUCAGUUAUAGUUUCAGUUCCCAGGUCUCACAUUUUAUUGCAAAUUGUAAAUAUUUAGCUUUACGUUUUAGAUACAUCCUUAUGUAUACAUAUUAUACACAUAUAUAUUUAAGUUAUCAAUUAAAUUUUAAGUAGUUUGUAGCGCAGUGUUUUAUUUCUAAGUUAUGGUUCCACACUUAAAGGCGAUAUGCAAAUCUCAAAAUGUCAACUUUUAAGAAAAACUAACAAAACUUUAAAUAUAUGGCUUGAAUUGUACGUUAAUCUUAAGUCAAAUGACAUAACCUAGUAUUAUACAUGAAUAAUUAGUAAACAUAUAAAUAAACACUAAACAAAACAUAUG